AAUAAUCGGACCAAAAGUGCUCAAUUAUUUGGUGAUCCCCUCAAAUCUCACGAAGCUUAGUUGAAACUGCUAUGGAGCAAGCUAGAUUUUCUUACCAUGUUUUCUUGAGUUUCAACGCCCAUGAUACUGGCAAAACUUUUACUGAUCAUCUCCAUACAAAUUUGUUUCGAGCUGGGUUUCAUGUGUUCAAGUGUGAAGAUGAUGAAGAAGAAGAAGAAGACAAAAUAGAUGAUUUGAAGUUAAAAUUGAAAAAGGGAAUCGAGCAAUCGAGGAUGUCAGUGAUUGUAUUGUCCCAAAACUAUGCAUCAUCAGAGAGGUGUCUUUACGAGCUUGUCGUGAUUUUGGAGCAAAGGAGGAACUCUGGGCAUAUAGUCUUACCUGUCUUCUUUAACGUGGAUCCUUCAGAUGUAAGGAAGCAGAAGGGAAGUUUUGGGAAAGAAAAUUUCCAGAUUGUCAAUGGUGAGAGUCACAAGUUAAGAGAUUGGAGAAAUGCUCUCAAAGAAGUGGCAGAUUUGGGAGGAAUGCCCUUGCAAAAUCAAGCUGAUGGACAUGAGGCAAAGUUCAUUGAGAAUAUUGUUGAAGUGGUUGCAAACAAGCUACGCCCCAGAGACUUACACAGUGCUCCUUACCUCAUUGAUAUCAAUUAUCGGGCUGAAGAUAUUAUCUCCUGGUUACAAGAUAGAUCAACUAAUGUUGGGAUAUAUGUGAUUUGUGGGAUUGGUGGAAUUGGGAAGACAACCAUUGCCAAAUUUGCCUAUAACUCAAGUGCAAGAUCAUUCGAAGGAAGCAGUUUUCUUGCAAACUUCAAUGAAAUUGCAAAACAAUGUAAUGGCUUAGUUCGUUUGCAGAAGCAAGUUCUGUAUGAUAUUGUUGGGAGAAAGGAGAGGAUAUCAAAUGUUGAUGAAGGAAUUAUGAUGAUUGAAGAUGCCGUUGGCUAUAAAAAAGUUCUUCUUGUUCUUGAUGAUGUUGAUGAUGCUGACCAGAUAGAUACAAUUUUAGGAAUGACAGAUUGGCUUAAUCCUGCUAGUAAAAUCAUUAUAACAACGAGGCAUGAGUCAUUGCUAAAGCCUUCUGUACCUCACAAGGUGCUUAAACUAGAAGUCUUGAAUAAAAUGGAUUCCCUAAAGCUUUUUAGCUGGCAUGCCUUUGGAGAAGAUCAUCCUUUGGAAGGAUAUCUUGAGCUCUCAGAAAGAGUGGUUCUUCAAUGUGUAGGACUUCCUUUAGCUCUUCGUGUUUUAGGCUCAGCUCUAUCGGGUAGAAGACCAGAAAUAUGGGGAAGUGCAUUAGAAAAGCUGGAAACAAUCCCUGAUGGUCAUGUCAUUGAAAAACUUAAACUGAGUUUUGACACUCUUGAAGAUGACCAUGACAAAGAUAUAUUCCUUCAUAUAGCUCAUUUCUUUCUUGGGAUGGACAAAGAUGACUCUGUUAGAAUACUGGAUGGAUGUGGUUUCCACACAAUAAUUGGGAUGCAAAACCUCAUUGAUAGAAGUCUUUUGACAAUCAGUGACUUAAAUAAGUUGGAGAUGCAUCAGUUGCUUAGAGACCUGGGGAGAAAUAUUGUUCGUAUGGAAUCACUGGAUCCUGGAAAACGUAGUAGACUUUGGAAUAACAAGAAUUCUUUCAGAGUAUUGAAUUAUAAGACUGGCACUGAAAGGAUUGAAGGGAUCAGCCUUGACAUGCCCAUAUUGAUGGAAGAUAAAUCAGUGAAGCAUUCGAUAGACACUUCAUCAAGCAACUCAAAUUACAGCCUAGGGACUGAUGCAUUUACGGUUAUGCGAAACCUAAGUGUGCUCAAACUAAAUGAUGUGAACCUUAUUGGAUGCUUCAAAGAAUUUCCCAAGAGAUUAAAAUGGCUGUCUUGGCGUAAAUGCCCUUUAAAAUCCAUUACUAGUGACCUUCCCUUGGAAGGACUAGUAUCUAUUGACAUGCGGUACAGCAGUUUACAACAAACAUGGAGUGGAACCGAGGUUUUGAGAUUUCUCAAGAUUCUCAACCUUAGUCAUUCUUGGGAACUUACCAGAACCCCUAGCUUCGCUGGAAUGCCCCGGCUGGAGAAAUUAAUUCUUAAAGACUGUGUUAAACUGGUUGAUAUUGAUGAAUCUAUCGGUUAUCUCCAAGAAAUCGCCCUACUGAAUCUAAAAUACUGCAAGAGCAUCAGAAAGCUGCCAAGAAAUAUUGGUAAACUUGAAAGUCUUAAGACACUUGAUAUAUCCUUCUGCUCAAGCCUGGAAUCGCUGCCAAUGGAGCUUAACAUGAUAGAUUCGUUGAAAGUGCUUAGAGCUGAUGGAAUCGGUCUAAACCAAAUAAUCUGUAACACCAAUGAGCAGAAAUCAUUACAGGCACUAUUUUCAUCUUGGAUAUCAAAGCCAAGAAUCUCUCCUGAAAUAUCAUGGGCCUUUUUACCAAGCUCUUUGGUGAGCUUGAGUCUUGUGAGUUGCAGGCUGUCUGAUGGAUCUUUUCCCGAGAAGUUUAGCAAUCUUCCGCUGCUCGAAGAACUGGAUCUAAGUGAAAACUCAAUUAGUUGCCUCCCAGAGUGGAUCAAGAGUCUCCCUCAGCUCCAAAGCCUCAGUGUAAAGUCUUGUAAGAUGCUCAAAUCACUUACUGAGAUGCCAAAUAGCAUUUCAGAAUUGUCAAUACAUAGUUGCUCAUCGUUGGAGAUGGUGACAUACCAAUCAUUGCUAUCAAAAUAUCCAAGCCUGGUUCACGAUUACAAUUGUGACAGUCUAGUCAUGAUGCAAGGAAAGUUUAAGUUAGAACCUCUAGAAAAUGCUGACCCGCAGAUGCUUAAACGUUUUGGUCUGAAUCCUGAAACUGUGGAAAAUGCUAUGGUGAAAAUGGACCUCUUUUCGAGUUUCAAGAUAAAAAUGCUUCCGCCACAGGGGUUGUACGAGGAAGGCAUCUUCAGUGCAUUUCUUGCUGGAAAUAAGAUACCUAGGUGGUUCACGAAGUUAAAGAAAGCGAAUGCAGUAAAAUUUAAUAUAUCUCAACCUCUCAAAAAUAUCCAAGGCCUAUCCAUAGCAGUUGUGUAUACAAGUUCUGAAAGUGAAGAGAAUGAGUUUUCAAGAGCCUACUGGCGAAGACAGGAGAAUAUUGUACAGAAUAGGACUAAAGAUUUGAAGUGGAUGCACUAUCCAAGAGUUUUCGGCGUGCCAGAAGGUAAUGAAGAAAUAACAUGGUUAAGUCACUGGAAAUUUGGAGAUAUGCUACAAGAUGGAGAUGAAAUUUCUAUUUUAGUCCGUUUGAAUGGGUUGAAGGUAAAGGAACUUGGCAUCGACAUUUUGUGUGAGGAGCUGUCAAACUGCAAAGUUGCAAGCCCAGAUCCCUUGUUUUCGAAUGAUAACGUUCCUGGAGAUGUAUCACAACGUGGUAGUGUUUUUAAAAUUGGGAGGGGAUAUUAGAUAUAUUGUAAGAUAUUUGACAUGAUACAAUAAAUAUUACAUUAAACAAUAUUUUAACCAA